UGUAGCGUGUCAUUUUUUGCUACUAGAGAUGAAGCCGAAUCAAAAUCAAUAUCUUUUAAGGCUUUAAGAAAUGGUAUCAUGUAUGAUUUAUUACUUUCUUUAAAGAGUAACCAAUCUUUUUUAUUUGUUCCUUGACAACGAGUAAAAGAAGUAUUCCAUUCCCACCUUCGUUACUGCCUACCCAACGCUCAUUUAAAGUUAAUUCUUUUGACAAGAACAUGAACAUGAACAUGAACAUGAACAUGCAUUUUAUAGUUGACCCAAAUUUUUCGGCAUCGUCUUCGUCUCCCCCAGAACUCAACACAGACUGCUGAAGCAUCCUUUUAUGCUAAACCUCUUUCGAACCUAUAUAAGCCGCAGAACCCUGAUUUCCGUUCGCAAUUUCUACAAUUCAAUCAUCGACCCUAUCUUCACUGUAUUUUCCCCCAAAAUGAACCCCGACGACUCCCCAGAACCCGAAUUCGACCCGCGUGUGCCGUCCGUCCCCGUCUCCUACCCAAUCAAAACCUUAGAAGACUUGAAACUUCGUACAUACUUCGAUUCUUUCCAUUUCCAGUUCAAUAAGGCUUCGGUCCCUCUACGUCGCAGUGGUGUUGAUGGUGUUUCGUUGCCGAAUCGCCGGAGGAUUAUGGUGUGCCAUGAUAUGGCAGGAGGGUACACCGAUGAUAAGUGGGUUCAAGGAGGGAGUAAUGCUGAUGCCUAUUCAAUAUGGCAUUGGUAUUUGAUGGAUGUGUUCAUCUAUUUUUCACAUAGUUUGGUUACUUUGCCGCCUCCUGGUUGGGUUAAUGCUGCUCAUAAACAUGGAGUCAAGGUCCUGGGAACUUUUAUAGUAGAGUGGGAUGAAGGAAAAUUGAUAGCAGAUCAGUUUCUGGCAUCAACUACAGUUGCUGACAUGUAUGCUGAGCGAUUAUCUGAGCUUGCUGUUGCAUUGGGCUUCGAUGGGUGGCUGAUAAAUAUGGAGGUCAGUUUGGAUAUUGAAAAGAUCCCCAUUAUGAAAGAAUUUGUCAGCCAUUUAACCCAGGUUAUGCAUUCUUCAGUGCCUGGAUCUUUAGUAAUCUGGUAUGAUAGUGUUACAACUGAGGGGCAACUUAAUUGGCAAAAUCAGUUGAAUAACUACAACAAGCCAUUUUUUGAUAUAUGUGAUGGCAUAUUUACAAACUAUUCCUGGACGGAAGAUUAUCCAAAGUUGUCAGCUGCUGUUGCUGGUGAUAGAAAGUUUGAUGUGUACAUGGGAAUCGAUGUUUUUGGUAGAGGCACUUAUGGUGGUGGACAAUGGACAGCAAAUGUGGCACUUGAUGUAAUAAAGAAAGAUGAUGUGUCAGCAGCCAUAUUUGCUCCUGGAUGGGUUUACGAGACUAAACAACCCCCGGAUUUUCAAACUGCUCAAAAUCGGUGGUGGAGCCUUGUUGAAAAAUCAUGGGGAAUAACACGAAGUUAUCCUGAAGUUCUUCCAUUCUACUCAAACUUUGAUCGGGGUAAUAGUUACCAUUUCUCUGUUGAUGGAAAAUCAGUUUCAGAUGCUCCAUGGAACAAUCUUUCUAAUCAAAGCUUUCAGCCUGUUCUUGAGUUUUCUGGAGAUACCACGACUGAAACAAUUCAAGCAUACGUUGAUUUGAAGGAAUCAUCUUAUAGUGGAGGAGGGAAUAUUACAUUCAAAGGAGUCCUUGAAGAUGGUGCUUAUUUGAAAAAAAGAAUCUUUCAAGGAGAGCUUCACAUGGGUGAUUCACCAGUCCACUUUACAUACUCUGUAAAAUCAGAUGGGAGCUCUAUGAUUGGUCUUUCUCUUGAGUUUACAAACACCAUUAACAUGGAAAACAAAACAUCGAUUCUUCUUGCAUCAUCUGGAGAUACAUUACUCACCAUGAACCAGUUUUCAAGCAAAUUCGACAGUGUGAUAAUGCCACGUCAUGUGAAGAAAACAUCAUCUGGAUGGGUGAUACAAGAUAGCAGUGUCACAAUGGUGGGGUCCACAUUAACCGGUAUCCAUGCUGUAUGCUAUAAAACCUCAUCUAAAUUAACUUCGUCAUCGGAAUUCUAUUCCAUUCUUGGUCAUAUUUCCAUCAAAUCUUCACCACAAAACAUGAGUUUCCCACCAGCAUCGGAAUGGAAUGUCAAAAGUCAAAAUGUCAACUGGAGAUCUGGUUCGGUUUCUCUCAAGAUUCUAUGGACAUUGAACAGCGGUGUGUCUCCUGGGUUUUCCAAGUACAAUGUUUAUGUGGAAAAUGAAGAGGGUAAAUUGGUAAAAUCAUCAAACUUUCUUGGAGUGGCAUCAGUGGAAGCUUUUUAUAUAUCUGACCUUUUGGUGCCAGCUGGCAUUUCAAGUCUUAAGUUUAUCAUCCAAGCUUGUGGGUCUGGUGGGGCUUCUCAGGAGCUUGUGGAUUCUCCCUUUCUUAGGUUGAAAGUUGAAGGAGAAAAAAAUGCAAGAAUAUGCAAUUGUGGAGCAGAAGCAGUGAUCCGAACUUCAUGGAGCAAGGACAACACAGGAAGGCGGUGUUUCUAUAGUUGUAUAAAUAAGGGACCAAAUUGCAAGUUCUUAGGUUGGGUUGAUGACCAGAUGUGUGGUUGUAAAGACUCCAUCCAGAAGCUUGAAGAAAAAAAUCGGAAAUUGAAGAUUUAUCUUGGUUUAAGCUGGAUUAUGUUUGUGUGCAUCCUUGUAUACAGAUUAUAGCUUUGAGUAAUGUUACUUGGAUCUUUACCUAUGUUAGGUUUAUGUUGAAAAUGAAGAGGGCAAAUCAGUAAAAUCAUCAAACUUUCUUGGAGUGGCAACAAUGGAAGCUUUUUAUAUAGCUGACCUUUUCAUGCCAGCUGGCAUUUCAAGUCUUAAAUUCAUCAUCCAAGCUUGUGGAUUCUCCCUUUCUUCGGUUUCAUGUUGAAGGUUUGUUGAAUAUGCUGCUUUUUUAUGUCGUUUUAAUAAAAAAAAAAAAAGUUUUUUCUAUAACUUGUAUAAGUUAUGUAGUUGUUGUAACAGGAAAUAGCAAUGUAGUUUCAUUGAUUUGUGUAUUAUAUAUCAUUCUACUUUCAACUGUUUUUGUAUUAAGGUUGUAUACUUUGAAAAAUCUAUUAUUUGGUAGAUUUUUCAAAGUAUAAUGCUCUGAUAUGAAUAAAUGAAGAUAAAAUGGUAUCAUAAACAAAACAAUGAAAGUAGAAUAUUGGAGUUGGGCACACCUUUUUUGCGACAUUAAAUGAGAACCAAAAAAAAAAGAAACCAAACCCAAAACAGGGUAAAAAUGUCUUUUUAAAAGUUUAAAGUUUAAACCAAACCCAACAUUUGGAAGCAUUACCCCUCGAGCCCACCACACUCAAAUACCU